AUGUUGUCGUUUUCCUCUCCGUUGGAUUUUUCGCAAAGCAGAGCUUCGGCUGCUAAACGCGACAAACCCCACGAUUAUGAGCCUCCAAAAUCCAAGCCAAAGCCUCGGGCAACGGGACCUUUUAUUGAAGACGACGAUGAAUCGGAUAAUGAUGAACACGAUACAGAAACCCCCGAACCACCUUCGAAAAAGCGGAUGACCGAGAAUAGUAAUGACAACACGCCAAUUUCAGACCAACACCAAUCACCAACACAGGACGCCCAAGAGAUCGUCUCCGAGGAAGAGCAAGCAGAUUCUCUUUCGGAAGCCCCUGCGAUAAUACCACCUCCGCCUCCAGCAUGGUCCACCGGGCUGCCAUUCUUCUCUAAGUCGCUACUGAACACUCUCACGCCGUCCAGCUACACCAUCACAACAUGUAACGGAAAAGGAACCGUGGUUAAGGAGCGAAAGGUGUCGGCAGCCCCCUCAUACGAGUCCAUGGUAGCCUCGAGGUCCAGGACCAAGGAGGGACGAGCGAAAAGAAGCUACUACGGUAUCGAUAUCCACGAAUUAAUCAGCGCCGCCUCGAAAGAAAUUGCAGAAAGUCGAGCGGACAAAAGGGCCCCCAAGAACACGGGCCCAUUACCAUCUGUCGAAACGCCAGCAGUUACCGGCGAAAAGCCCAAGAAGACCCUUUUGUGGACCGAAAAGUAUCGCGCACGCUACUUCAAAGACCUUUGCGGAGACGACAGCACGAACAGAUUGGUUCUACGAUGGCUCAAAAAGUGGGAUCCUGUUGUUUUCCCCGGGGCGGCCAAAGCCAAGCCGAUUACCGCAAGACGGGCCGGAAUGAAACAGCAACCGGAAGAGGAGAAACCACAUCGUAAGAUCUUAAUGCUCACUGGGCCCCCCGGUCUGGGUAAAACAACUCUGGCACAUGCAUGUGCUCGACAAGCUGGCUACGAGGUUAUGGAGAUAAACGCCAGUGACGAUCGAAGCCGUGACGUGGUAAAGAAUCGCAUACGAACGAGUUUGGGCACAGAGACCGUCAGGACGGUUAGCAAUCGAAAAGGCGAGGAUGUGUCGCAGAAGCCAGCCAAGCCAGUGUGCGUGGUAGUAGAUGAGGUGGACGGUGUGGUUUCCGGGUCUGGCGGUUCUGGUGAGGGAGGUUUCGUCAAGGCUCUGAUCGACUUGGUGUUGACAGACCAGAGGAAUAGUGCCUCGGUGGCUUUGGGGAGAAAUGCGAACCAAGGGCGGAAGAAGAAGGGCGAUGACUUCCGACUAAUGCGCCCACUGGUUCUUAUUUGCAAUGAUGUAUAUCACCCCUCGCUCCGGCCGCUUCGCCAGUCGAACUUGGCAGAAAUUGUUCACGUGGGCCGACCAUCCCUAGACGCAGUGGUGAACCGCCUCAAGAGCGUGUUUGACAAGGAAGCUGUUCCAUGCGACAAGGACGCAGCGAGAAAACUAUGCGAGGCAGCAUGGGGCAUGUCUACUGGCGCUGAUGCCAGGAAAGGCGCUGCGAGCACUGUUGAAGGUGACCUUCGAGGUGUCAUGGUUGUCGGAGAAUGGGUAGCAGGGCGUUUUCGGGCUGCCAAUGUCCACGGGAAUGAGCGGCUCACAAAGCAGUGGAUUGAACACAACAUCAUGCACGAUCUGACCAGCGGCGCUGCUGGAUCCCGAGGUCUUGGACGAGGCAGUUCAAAGGACAUCGUUAGUCGGUUGUUCAAAGAAGGCGGCGGUUUUCCUAAGCCCGCGUUUGACUUCGAUGCGGAGAAAAAGCAUCAGCACGAACAGCCCCAGGCAGAAUUAGGCUUUGGAGAGCAUCAAAAGAAGCAUGCGAUGGAGCGCCUGGGCCAGAUGAUCGACACCAGUGGUGAGAUCAGCCAUAUCCUGACAGAGGUGUUCGCGGAAUACCCUAAUCGCGACUUCAACGACGACUGUUACCUCACCAAGCCAAACAAGGCAUACGAUUGGUUCCAUUUCCAUGACACGUGCCAAUCGAGGCUGUAUGCCAGCCAAGAGUGGGAGCUGGCACCAUACUUGAAACUGCCAGUGCUUGCAUGCCAUCACUUAUUCGCAUCCCCGAAACGGCACUACGAAAACAUGGGCUACGACAAGCGCUGGGGUGCCGAUGAUGGUGAAGCAGAGGCAGCGCCGUUGCCCUUCACUGGCCCGCGAGCCGACUACCAAGCUCACGAAGCAGAAAAGCUGAACCGCUCUCAGCUUCAGUCCAUCCUCGCUCAGCUGAGCCCUACAAUGUCGCGGUCCUUCCGCAGUGCAGAGGAAGUGUCCUCCGAAUUCCUCCCAUACCUAAUCCGAAUGGUUUCUCCUGAUGUAAAGCCCGUUGUGGUCGGUGGUAGCCAGGGCUCAAUAGCAAGCGUCCGAAAGGAGAGCGAAAAGGCCAUGGUACAACGGGCAGCACAAGUUCUGGCCGAGGUCGGAAUCCUGCUGCAAAAGGGCAAGAUAGAGAGCGAAGAUAUAUCGAACCGUGCCCCCCAAUGGGUCUAUCGCUUAGAACCCGACCUCGACGCUCUCUCCACCUUUGAGACGGCAGCUUCACUCCUAUCCUCACAGGCGCCAGUGCGUUUUGCCGUCCGGCAGGCCCUUGACCAGGAGCUCCAACGCACGAUCGCCCUCCGCGACGCCCAGGCUCGCCAAGCCCGCUUCAAGUCAGGCGGCGGCGCAAACGACGCCCCCGAGGCACCAGUCCUGGUCAACAAGGAGAAUCUCGGGCCUACCGCCGCCCAGGCAAAGGAUACCACCGUGGUCAAGAGGGAUUUCUUCGGCCGGAUCAUCCAGGCACUGCCGCUGGCAGAGCUGGCUGGUGACAGUAUGGAGAAGCGGGCCAAGCGGGAGGAGCAGAACGUCUGGGUCACAUAUCACGAAGGGCUCAACAACGCCGUGAGGAAGCCAAUGUCAUUGCAUGAGUUUAUGCGGGGUUUGUAA